CUGAGGAGAACCGGUGCGCGCCUGCGCAGGAGGCGGCGGCGCUGGGCAGUGAAGUUGGUCAAAGCACCGGGGAUAAGAUGGUAGCAUAAGCUUAAAUCGUCUCAGAAGGACAAGGUCCGCCAGUUUAUGGCAUUUACCCAGGCUGGUGAAAGGACUGCUAUAUAUUGCUUAAUGCAGAAUGAGUGGAAACUAGAAGUGGCAACAGACAACUACUUCCAGAACCCAGACUUGUACUACAAAGAAUCCAUGAAAAAUUCAGUAGACAGAAAGAAAUUAGAACAAUUGUAUAACAGGUACAAAGACCCACAGGAUGAAAAUAAAAUUGGUAUUGAUGGAAUCCAGCAGUUUUGUGAUGAUUUAAGCCUGGACCCUGCCAGUAUCAGCGUCUUGGUCAUAGCAUGGAAGUUCAGGGCAGCCACUCAAUGUGAAUUCAGUAAAAAGGAAUUUGUAGAUGGCAUGACAGAGUUGGGGUGUGACACCACAGACAAGCUAAAAGCUCUACUGCCAAGAUUGGAACAGGAGCUAAAGGAUCCAAUAAAGUUCAAAGAUUUUUAUCAGUUUACCUUUACCUUUGCUAAAAACCCUGGACAAAAAGGUUUAGAUUUAGAAAUGGCAAUUGCAUAUUGGAAUUUAGUCUUAUCAGGAAGGUUUAAAUUUUUAGAUCUUUGGAAUAAAUUUUUGUUGGAACACCAUAAAAGAUCAAUCCCAAAAGAUACUUGGAAUCUUCUGUUAGACUUUGGAAAUAUGAUUGCAGAUGAUAUGUCAAACUAUGAUGAAGAAGGAGCAUGGCCUGUUCUCAUAGAUGAUUUUGUGGAAUAUGCACGACCAGUAGUCACAGGAGUAAAGCAUAAAACCUCCUAACCACAGACACUUCCAAAUGGACUAAGUUUGCAGUCUGAACUCUAUCAGGUAAUGAAGAUGUUUUCGCCAAUAACUGUGCACACCAUCACUGGUUUCAAUGCCACUGGCAAAACUUGAAAUUGCUCCUUACCACCUAAAGAAAAUGAUGACUGACUCAUGGACACAGCAAGAAGAAACUCAAGAUAGCCCAGGCUGUUCAUAGGAUAUUGGCUUCAAUUAUUGUGCUGGUUGUAUCAUAUAGGAUGUAGAUUUUGCAUGAUUUUAUACUUCGGGGAAGUUUAACUAGAGGCCAUUUUAAAGUUUUGACAGCACGGCAUGCCAUUGAGUUCAUGAUCCAAGAUGAACACCAGCAGUUACAAAAUUAAAGCUGUAUUAUAUUGUACUUAUAUUAAAAGCAGUAUUUGUGGUAUAUAAAUUAAAUCCCUAAAUAAAACUUAUGUAGUAUGUUGUAUUUUUAUA